CACAUGACUGGCUGAUUGGAUUGAACUGCAUGAAUAUGCAGGUGUACAGGUGUUCCUAAUAAAAUGGACGGUGAGUGUAGUCUCCAGCUUUGAAUCAGACGGAGCGGAAGACGUCACAGUGACGUGUCUCCCUCCCCCAGGGGUCUACACAGCGCUGGCGAGAAGCAGCUGUCUCUCCUCCUGUCACUCAGCACAGUUCACUGCGGUUUUAGGAGGCGACGCUGUAGCUGUCUGAGCUGAUGGGGGUCUUUUGGGAAGAUACUGACAUUGUCACAAAGCUACCGGUGCUAGCAGUGUAAGCUAGCGAGGCGGCUAGUUGCAGCUUAGCUUCACACAGUUGCUGUGAUACGAAAGUGUCCUGGUGCGUCUCCAAGGAGGGACCCAUUAAGCAUGAUGAAGAAAAAGAAAUUCAAGUUUAAAGUGGAUUUUGAGCUGGACGAGCUGUCUUCGGUGCCGUUCGUUAACGGGGUCCUGUUUUGUAAAAUCCGUCUCCUGGACGGCGGGUUUUCGGAGGAAUCCUCACGAGAAAUGGUCCAGGCAAACUGUGUGCGCUGGAGAACGAGGUUCUCUUUUCCUUGUAAAAUGAGUGCCAGUGCUGGAACAGGAGUUCUUGAUCCUUGCAUAUGUCGUGUUUCUGUCAGAAAGGAACUGAAAGGUGGGAAGACUUAUGCAAAGCUGGGCUUUGCUGAUCUGAACCUGGCUGAGUUUGCAGGAUCUGGGAGCACCACACGCCGCUGUUUACUGGAGGGCUAUGACACCAAGAACACCAGGCAGGACAAUUCCAUUCUCAAGGUGAUCAUCUGUACUCAUCUUAUGUCUGGAGACCCCUGUUUCAAAACACCUCCAUCUACUGCCACAGUGAUCGGGAUCCAGGGAAAUGAAGAGAGUCUGCUGGAAGAGCGAAGAGGUGGAGAAACCCAGAAACCCUUUCUGGGGCUCUCAGAAACCACAGGAAAGUGUGGCUCUCUGUCAGAGGAUCUGGGGGUGUGUGGUCAUUCCCGAACCUCCAGCUAUGCUAGUCAGCAAUCUAAAGUAUCAGGCUACAGCUCGGGUCACUCUCGCUCCUCCAGCCUAUCGGAGUUCACCCAUAAGAGGAACACGUCAAUUGAUAGUGCAUCUACAGGCAUUGCUAGCAUCCCUGAGCCCAGUGAUGAGAGCCCGAGCUCCACAGCGCCUGCUGCUGCUGGCCUUGGAGCCUGUAGCACCCUGUCAGUAAACCCUGCUACACCAGACCGAACUUCCAGCAGGCACCCAAUGAAGCAGGAUUCAAUGGAAUCACAACUGAAGCGCGUGGAUGCAACUAGGGUUGAUGCUGAUGAUGUGGUGGAGAAAAUCCUGCAGAGCCAAGACUUCACCCCUGGCCUGUUUGACUCUAGCGCUGAAGAGGAGGGUCUUCGUUUAUUUGUGGGUCCUGGAGGAAGCACAGCACUUGGCAGCCAUCAUCUUCCUGUCAGGGUUGGUGCUGGUGCCUAUGAACAAGUGGUGAUCAAGCGCUAGAGCUGGAAAGUGCCAAGUAAAGAGGUGGCACAAAACAAAAGUACAGGUGAGAGAAAGGGCUCUUCAAACUCUUCUUUCCAGCAGUGUGAUUUUUUUUUUUCCCCCAUCCAUUCACUGCUGGUAGAGCCUGAGGAUUUUCAAAGAGCAGUCUCUGCCAUCUUUCUGUAGGCAUGGGCUCCUCUGAAUCCUGGGGUAACUUAACUCCUUUCCAAAUCCCAACACUCCCUGCUUUCUUCUUUGAUUCGCCUAUAAAUUCUUCAACAAAGGAGGGAAACUUGUUCUACAUGUUGGAACAGGAAACGAUCUUUGCAGGGUUUUGCUUGUUUGGCAGGUUUUAUUUUUUUAUCCAGUUUUUUUGUCACUUGUGUGGUGAGGAUUUUAGCUCUUCAUUGGAUCUUGUGUAUUCAGGGUUUUAGAUUCACAUAGUUGAUUUUUUAAUAUAUAAGCAUAUUCAGAUGAGUCAUGCAUCCGCAUCUCAGUGUUUUUGUGUGUAGGUGGGAAUUGCAGAUGCAGUGUUGCAGAUUUCUGGUUAAGGUCACAUCAUUGUGUAGUGCUUCCUUUGGCUGAGGGGAAAUUGAACCAACUAGUUGGCAUUGGGGAGGAGAGUUUGACUGUAGCAAGGAGAAUUAGUGGCACUCACUGAACAAAGUGUCAACUUUAUAUUUAAAUAAAUGAGUAAUAAAUUCUGAUAGCACUUAAUAGUAUAAUACUUUGAAUAGUUCAGUCCCUGUAGGCUGUAUUCUGUCAAAUUUAGAUUUCUAUUGUUCUUGGUUGUCAGUGUACAGAUCAGAGUCUAAAUGUUAAAAACUAUUGUUUGUGCAUUUGGUUGUAUAGCCAUUUCACUCCUUCAGCACAGCACAUAUGGCGCACAAAGUCAAGCUACUCAGAAACUGCCAUUAUCAAUAACUGGAUGGUGUAAUGAAGCAGUUUGACCUUGCAGUCAUAAUUGCACUAUAUACACAUUAUGGCUACUUAGCUCCUUUUAUGUUGAACACAGAGGGUAUGAUUAAGAGCCAAGGGGCAGGAAUUCACAAUUAUUUUUUAUUAUUAUAGUGAAUUAUUGCCUUUGCAGCUGUGAAAGCAGUUUUCGUAGGUUUUAAUUUUAUUUGAGGUGCUACAAAAAUGUAGUCUAUGACAUGACCCCCUUUUCCUUUACUUGUACUACAUACGUUUAUUGCUGUUGUGUUCCUCUUGUUUUAUUUGAUCAAAAACACUACACAAUGUAUAUUUAUGUCUGCCAAGUUUAUGCAUAUCUGAUGUUUAUCCUGGCAUAUUGUUAAAGUAUUUUUGUUGGUUUUCUGUCUGCUAGUGUAACCAUGAACCAGGUUCUCUAUGGUUUUAUGUGCCAGUACAAAAGCCAUAUGUUUUACAAAGUGAGCCCACUUCUCUUGUAUGUAUUCUGAAACGGUGUGAGUGUGUGUUAUUGUGUAAACAGCAUAAUAUUUUGAUAUCUCUUUAGUGUAUCUGAACUCCAGGGACUAACUAGGUAGGGCUGGAUUUAACUACCAAAAGCAUGGGUCCUUUACAUCUUUUAAAUAUCUUUCUAGUCUACAAAUGCCUGUAAUAACUGAUUAUAUUGCUUGUGAUAUGAUGCAAUAUUGGCACCAUCAUAUCAGAAGCCUGGUGAAAUAUACAGACUUAGUUAAGCCAUGGCCCUACACUAAUGCAAAUCAUUAUUGUGUUUUACAACUCUGAUCACUAGGUUUCCAUAGGGGAGUGUUUCAUGCAUUAUAUCUUUACACUGUACAAUAACAGAAUCCCUCAAUAUUUGAAUAGUUGACAUUCAGUGUGUAGGUACCUUGUGUUGUAAAUAAACACCAUGGUGUUGUUUUUUUUAAUCUCUUCUGUGAAGCUUUUGCUCCUUGUACUGUACAGUGUCUGAUGUAAUGGUGACAAUGCUUUUUGCUGUUGUGAUGUUCAACUCCUUUUAACCAGUGCUGAUUACAUGUACCUCACACUGUUAAAUAAACACAGUACAUUAAAAAAGUAAA